AUGCUUGAAAUUGCUGUUCGGCACCAACUGCGACGGCCUGUUCUGGCCCGGAUGCUGGACAUCGAAGAGGCAAGGCUGCCUAUACAGGAAGACGUGAAUCAAGCGGGGACAGCUAUCUCGAAUAUUCUGUGUAACUUGCUUAAAGACACUUCGCUGGCGCCGGUGACUAAUAAUCAAUUAUGCGAGGACCUGCUCGCCAUCAUUAAAGGAAUGGUGGAUGCCGCCGGGCUUCGAGGUGAACACGAUGCGCAAUGUUUGCUUCGUCGUGUGGAGUAUGCGGUUUAUGGGUACAUCGAUAGAUGUCCCGAUACACCUCCAGAAGCAUCUCCAGUGGGUGCCUCAAGGCUCGAUCAGAAAGGCGUUUCACCUGGCUACGGCACGAGUAACCAG